AUGCAGGCUGGUGUCAGUGGCGGAAGACGUGUCACAGCUGCCACCGAGCACACGGCGCCACGGAGCACUAGGUCUGACGCCAACCACAAUGGCGUUUCGCUGGACGCUACUGCUCGCUACCGCCGCAUCCGUGGCCGCCGUGAUUCCCGUGGCACCUCUGGUGAACGAGCAAGUGGAUCGAGUCCUGGAGCGAAACGUGCUGUGCCACGUCAUCUCCACAACCGGUUGUGUCGAGCCCCUCCGAGACUUCUACAUGUGGAACCGGACGUGGUGGUUCUGGCCCGAGUUCUACGGCGGCGAAAUUUCGGGUCUGGGCAAAGGGCUCAAGCGUCACGGAGACUGCGCCUACGAGCUGGGCAACGCGAACGUCGCCAAUUGCGUCGUCGGCCACGUCGACCUGUGGGUGCGCUACCUGUGGCGCGUCGGGGUAAGAACUGCUCGCUCGAGGAAGGCAACCAGCAAGACAACCCGCGGGCUCUCAUCGAGCGCGGAUUCUUGAUGGCCACCGUGGCUGCUGGAACCAUGCGAAUGAAGCUGAAGAGAGAUCCCGUGCUUGGCAAGUUCCGACUUCGCCGUGUCAAGGUGACACAGACCGAGAUUGAAGACGUGGUUUUUGGCAACUCCACCAUGACGUGGAGAAAGAAGAAGCUCAACACGAAGUCGCCCGAGUUCCAGUGGAGGGUGCGGGACAUGCUGGCCGCUUGGGUCCGGUACUACUUCGAGAGAAUGACCUUCAAGGACGUCUUCAACAAGGCGCUAACGACGCUUUCACCGUGAAAUGCGGGAGGGCAUCGCCUUUCGAAUAAAGACGUUCCAACACGUUA